AUUUUGUGUGACCGGAUAUCGAUAACCGGAUGUCCCUGUGUGUCGCGCGAUAUUAGGUGCAACGAGACUUCGAGAUGUUCUUUUCCCCGGAACAUCAGACAAGAUGGCGGAUGUUGAAAUCAAGAAGAAGCGUACCUUCAGGAAGUUCACCUACAGAGGUGUGGACCUGGACCAGCUUCUGGACAUGUCCUAUGAGCAGCUGAUGCAGUUGUACUGCGCCCGCCAGAGGAGGAGGCUUAACCGUGGCCUUCGCCGCAAGCAGCAGUCCCUCCUGAAACGCCUGCGCAAGGCCAAGAAGGAGGCCCCCCCGAUGGAGAAGCCAGAGGUGGUGAAGACUCACCUCCGGGACAUGGUCAUCCUGCCAGAGAUGGUUGGCUCCAUGGUCGGCGUGUACAACGGCAAGACCUUCAACCAGGUUGAAAUCAAGCCGGAGAUGUGCGGCCACUACCUGGGGGAGUUCUCCAUCACCUACAAGCCAGUCAAGCAUGGUCGCCCCGGUAUCGGAGCUACGCAUUCUUCCCGUUUCAUCCCACUGAAGUAGAAUGGCUGCUGUCUUUGUAUAAAUAAAAUUUGGGUGCCCACAAAA